AUGUCGGAGCGAGAGGAUGCCAGUACAGCGAAGGGUGUGGCGGAUCGCCGUCCGGCAAAGCCCGCUUUGUCGACGGCCCCAUCCGGCCCCCCAGCUACGACGGCCUUGGCAAUGAAUAUGGAUACGGAAAUGGAUUACGUUUCGGAUGCACUGCAAGUUCCGCUGCCCGAUUCGGACGACGAGUCGACAGCAAGAACUGACGUUCCCGCCGCCGCCAGGACAGCGAAACGGCGCGCGACUACUGCCCCAGGAACCACCCGCGCGCCCCCUAAUGGCAAAAAGGCGAAACAGACCGAUGUCGCCGUCGAUGACGAAGGGUUUCAACUCGUCAAACGGCCAGCCAGCUUCCAACGGGCUGCGGCACGGAGCCGUCGUCAACGACCCGGCUCCAUAAAGCGGCCUGCACCAGUUCGACCUGGCGUCAGUUUUGCUGCUGCUACUACCUCUGGCUCUUCCCCGCAGGCCUCCGUACCUGCGCCGAAGCCGGCCACUGUUGCACCAGCUCCCGCCACCGAGACGGACCGCCGUCCACGGGCCAUGGUGCGACCAUCAGCGCAGCGCUCUGCACAGCAGCAGGGUGAAGACCAGGGCCAUCACGACCACUCCCAACAGGGACGACAGGCUGACGUCGUGCCGACCCCGGCUCAACACUCACGAGCUGCACCUGUCCCAUCCCCGGCGGCCGAUUCCAGCAUGGCCGAAAUGAAGCUCCUCUUGCAAGAACUUCGGGAGCUUCUCAAAGAUAUCCCACGGCAACUCAUUGCCGCUGUCAGUGCAGCCGUUCAGGCACUCUUCACCGGACCACUGGCAUCUCAGCAUGGCCCGUAG